AUGUCACACUGUAGAAAAAUGGGCCCGGGAGGCAAAGAUUUAGUAAUUUUCGCCACCAAGGAGGACCAUUCGAUACCGAGCAAAAUCGCUUUGCCCCCGCCUGAUCCCCAGCCCGGUCUGAUACUCGCCAACGGGGACAUUAAUUGGAAUUGUCCCUGUCUGGGCGGGAUGGCCACCGGACCUUGCGGGGUUGAGUUUAGGAAUGCUUUUAGUUGCUUCCAUCAUUCUAAAGCUGACCCCAAAGGUAGUGACUGUUUGGAUAAAUUUAAAACUAUGCAGAAUUGCAUGCAAAAGUUUCCCACUCUGUAUAACCGAGAGUUGACCGAGGAUGAUGAAAUGGCCAGUAUGGCGGAGGCAGAACAAACCGCUGUAGCUGAAAAGUUGGACAGCGAUUCCAGUAACAAGUAAAUUGUUUUUUUCUUUUUUUGGAGUGUCUAGUUGUUUUUUUAUUUGACAGUUUCUCGAUGGGCUUGUUAUUGAUAUAGUUCUUAAGUGUAAUGAUGUGAAUAAAAGGUUUACAAUU